AACCACGUGAUAAAACAGUUUAUGUAACUUUUACUAUACAAUCAACCGUAGCAGGCUGCGGCUAUUUUUUAGAACCUUACACAACCUUGUGAUUGUAACUGCUGCAGUAGUUUUGGAAGAACCAACAUGAAAUUCUCGUAUAUUUUUCUGCUGAGUGUAAUCACUGGAUGUUUAUGUCAGGAUAAUCUUGUUGAAUUGGCAGAAAAGCUAGGAGCAAACACGUUAGUACAGCUCGUCAAGGCCGCUGGUCUAGCGGACGUUCUUGCAACAGGGGGUCCGUUUACAGUAUUUGGUCCAACUGACGAGGCAUUCGCUAGUCUUCCACCUGAUGUUGUAGACAGUUUGAAAAAAGACCACAAGCUUCUAGCUCAAGUAUUAGAAUUUCACGUUGUCAAAGGAAACGUAUUUUCCAGCCAACUUAAAGAUGAGGGGAUUGUUCCAACGCUUAAUCCAGAUGCCAGUAUUAGAACUAACAUAUAUCCCUGGUUUGAACCGAAGCUAGUGACUGCUACAGGAAGUCCAGUUGUAUUAGCUGACCAAAAGGCGUCAAACGGAGUGAUACAUGUUAUAAGUAGAGUGAUGUUUCCGCUUCCAAAGGAAAACUUAGUAGCUACUGUUGCUAAAAACAAAGAUCUAAUGACUUUGGUCAAGGCUGUUACUAAGGCCGGACUGGCCAAGACAUUGUCUGGUCCAGAUGCAUACACAUUGUUUGCACCAACAAACGAAGCCUUUGAAAAGUUACCAGCUGGAUUCCUUGACAUGUUGUCGAAGAAUAUUACAGCUCUCACGGAAGUGUUAACAUACCACGUGUUGCCACUGACUUAUUACAGCGCAGGACUUAAAAACCUCUCAGUUCAGACUGUAGAGGGGAAAAAUGUUACAAUCAGAGUCAGUUCAGAUGGAGUAAAGAUAAACCAAGCAAGAGUUAUUGUAGCAGACCAGUCUGUAUCAAACGGCGUUUUUCACGUUAUUGAUUCUGUCCUGUGUCCUCCUGAAGUCUGUAUGACUUUAUAGGUGUAAAUAUCAGGACUUAGCAAAGAGAAUAUUAAUUCAAGAAAUAUGUUUCGUGAAACCUCUAAAUGCUGCACAUAUCUGUUUGGUACAUUCAGGGAUUAUUACCGUAAUACAUCUACAUGCUGUACAUAAUUGUUAGGUCCAUUAGAUUAAACUACAGAAUCUCCAUGAAUAUACAUAAUAAUUAAAGAUCUGUGCACAUAUUUGUCAAUUAUCUUAAUGUAAAAAUCAUGUGAUUUUGUUAUAUCUGUCAUUGUUUAUAUAUACAUUGUAUUUCUUUCCGUAUUAUAUAUGUUUUGAUAUAUUUUAUGCUCCUUUCUAAGAAAAUAAAGAAUUUGAUUUUUGA